AUGACACCACCAACAACAGCAGAAACAACUGGAGUGACAACUACCAUCACCUCAACAACAACAACACCACCUGAAACAAGUGUAGUGACAACUGCCACCAACCGAAUCAAUAUUACAAAUUUAACAUCCACUACAACACCAACAACAGAAUUUUCAACUAUAUCUGUGUACACAAAACAAGCUUCAACAACUGCAGAAACAACUGGACUGACAUCAACUAACACCACAAGUACUAUUUCUAAAACAAGCUCUGCAACAACUGUGCCAUUCAAUACAACACCAAAAACAGAAUUUAACAACACAUCUUUAUACACAACACAAUUUACAAGGACAACAACAACAACAGCAGGAACGACUGGAGUGACAACUACCACCACACCAAGAAGUUUAAUUUAUGAUACAACCAAUACUACACAUUUAACAUUCACUACAACACCAACAACACAAGCUUCAACAACGACAGCAACAAAAAGUGCAGAAACAACUGGAGUGAAGUCAACUAACACCACAAGUACUAUUUCUGAAAAAGUCUCUGCUACAACUGUGCCAUUCACUACAACACCAACAAAAGAAUACACCACCCCAACAUUGUACACAAAACAAGCUACAACAACCACACCAUCAACAACAGCAGAAACAACUGGAGUGACAAUUACUAGCACCCUACCAAGUACAAUUUCUGAAACUACCUCUGUUACAACUGUGCCAUUCACUACAACACCAAAAACAGAAUUUAACACAUCUUUUUCCACAAGACAAACUACAACAUCCACAGCAACAACAACAGCAGAAACAACUAGAAUGACAUCGACUAACAUCACGACUACCACCACAUCUUUGUACACAACACAAUCUAGAAUGACACCACCAACAACAGCAGAAACAACUGGAGUGACAACUACCAUCACCCCAACAAUUACAAUUUAUGGGACAACCAAUACUACAAAUUUAACAUCCACUACAACACCAACAACAAAAUUUUCAACUAUAUCUGUGUACACAACACAAGCUUCAACAAAGACAGCAACAACAAGUGCAGAAACAACUGGAGUGAUGUCAACUAACACCACAAGUACAAUUUCUGAAAAAAUCUCUGCUACAACUGUGCCAUUCACUACAACACCAACAAAAGAAUACACCACCCCAACAUUGUACACAACACAAGCUACAACAACCACACCAUCAACAACACCAGAAACAACUGGAGUGACAUCAAGUAACACCACAAGUACAAUUUCUGAAAAAAACACUGCUACAUCUGUCCCAUCCAGUACAUCAACAGCAGGAUUUACCACCACAUCAUUGUACACAAGACAAGCUACAACAUCCACAGCAACAACACCAGAAACAACUAGAGUUACAACUAAUAACACCCCAACAAGUCAAAUUUUUGAAACAACCACUGAUACAAAUGUGCCAUCCAAUACAACACCAACAACAGUAUUUACCACCACAACUUUGUACACACCAGAAGCUAUAACAACACCAACAAAACCAGAAACAACUGGAGUCACAACUACUUGCACCCCAACAAGAACAAUUUAUCAAACAACUGCUGCUACAACUGUGUCAUUCACUACAACACCAACAACAGAAUUUACCACCACAUCUUCAUACAGAACACAAUCAACAACAAUCACAAGAACAAUAUCAGCAGAAACAACUGGAGUAACAAUGAAUAACACCCCAACCAGUAUGAUAACAGAAACAACCACUGCUACCAAUCUACCACCCAGUAGAUCAACAACAAUAUUUAACGCAACAACUUUGUACACAACACAAUCUACAACAAACACAGCAACAGCAAUAUCAAAAACAACUGGAAUGGCAACUACUAGCACUCCGACAAGUACAAUUUCUGAAACAACAACUUCUAAAACUGUACAAAUCAGUAAUUCAACAAAAGAAUUUAACACAACAUCUUUGUACACAACGCAAGCUUAUACAACCACAAAACCAAAAACAGCAGAAAUGAAUGGAUUGACAUCAACUAAAACACCAACAAUUACAAUUUAUGAAACAACCAUUGCUACAACUGUGCCAUACAAUACAAAACAAACGACAGAAUUUAUCACCACAGCUUUGCACACAACACAAGAUACAAGGACUACAGCAACAACCACAGCAGAAACAACUGAAAUGAAACCUACAACCACCCCAACAAAUACAAUUUCAGGAACAAGCACUCCUAGAACUGUACCAUCCAAUACAACACAAAGAACAGAUUUUGACACCACGUUAUACACAACACAAUCUACAACAACCCCAGGAACAACAACAACAGUAACAACUGGAAUGACAACUACUACCACCCCAAAAAUUACAAUUUCAGAAACAACCACUGCUACAACUGUGCCAUCUACUACAACACUAACAACAGAAUAUUACACGAGAAUUUUAUAUACAACACAAGCUAUAACAUCGACAAGACCAACAACACCAGAAACAACCAGAGUGACAUCUACCAACACACCAAAAACUGCUUUAACUGUAUUAUCCCAUACAACACCAAGAACAAGUUUUGACUCCACAUUAUACACAACACAAUCUACAACAACCACAGAAACAACAACAGCAGAAACAACUAGAGUGACAUUGACUAACACAACAACAAGUAAAAUUUCUGAAACAACAACUGAUAUCACUGUGCCAUUAACUAUAACACCACCAACAGUAUUUACUACCGCAACUUUGUACACAAGACAAGUGUCAACAACUACAAUACCACCCACUGCAUUAACAACUACUAGUACCCUGACAAGUACAAAUCCUGAAACAACUACUACAAAAGAAACAACCACUGUUAUAACUAUGCCAUCAACAACACUCCCAGCAAGAUAUACCAGUAAACAUAUAUACACAACACAAGGUACAACAGCCACAGCACCAAUAAUAACAGAAACAGCUGCACUGACAUCUUUUAACACCCAAAAAAAUACAAUUUCAGAAACAUCUGCUUCUACAACACCAAUAAAAGAAUUUUUGACCACAACCUUAUACACAACACAAGCUACAACAACCAAACCACCAACAACAUCAGAAUCAACUGGACUGUCAUCUACUAGCACUCCAACAAGUACAAUUUCACAAACAACCACUGUUACAACAUUGACAUCCACAACUUUCCCAAGAACAGCAUCAUCUACCAGUACAAAUGUAUACACUACACAAGCUACAACUAGCACAGCACCAAUAACAACAGAAUCAAAUACAGUGACAACUACUACCACUCUAUCAAGUAACAUUCUAGAGCCCACAUUAACAGAGGAAACUACCACUAAUACAACGAGAAUAAUUAAAGAAAUAACACCAACAGAUGACACGAGAUUACAUACAACUGUACAAUCGACCACAGCCCCUAAAAAAGAAUUUACCACUACAGAGAGCAGAACACAAACAACAUCAACCACAGAACCAACAACAUUUCAGGGGCCAAAAUUAGAGGAAAUCACCAAAGCCUCAAAUGUAUCAUCAUCUGCAACAUCAAAACUGACAACUAAUAAUUUAUCUACAAGACAGGCUACAAUAACCACAGAAGCUUCUGCAGAAAACUAUACAAGUGUUCCUUUUAAAGUUAAUACAUUUGAAAAUCCAACAACUACAGAAAAAAGAACGAAAGCUACAACUGUACAAUACACUACAAUAACAGCAGAAUUUGCCAAUGCGACAAUACAAAAUGGAAACUCAACAACUGCAAAUAUAACUAAAUCUACACUGACUACUGAUCACAUAAGUGCAAUUCAAGAAAGAACAACUACAAAAGAAACAACCACUACUACAUCUGUACCAUCAUCUACAGCACUGGCAACAGAGCUGAAUUCUGGGAUUGAGUACACAAUACAAUCUAUAAUAACUACAGAACCUACAAAUGAGAAAACAACUACAAAACAACUCACAACAGCUAAAGAAGAAACCAUGGUCAUUUUAUCCAAUACAAAUGCUACAACCAUUAAAGAACCAACUACACAAGCAGCUCCCACAGUAAUAUCUGGUUCAGCUGUGGUUCAGACCACGAUGGUCUUCAAUUCCUCCUCUCCUGUUCCCAGUGAGAGUUUGGUCCUCAGUGUAAUCCAGACUCUUCUGAGUGCUCGACUCACAAACCUCAGUGACUCUGUAAAAGUGCUGAACUUCACCUAUGAGAAAAUGUCAGAUUUCUGCUAUGUGGUAAAAUUCAGAUUCAAUGUCAGUAACAUCAGCAUGUCACAGAACCCUGAAUUAGUGAAUGAUACCUACAACCAAGUGGAGAGCAUCAUCAACAAUGUUGUGAGUGUACAUCACUAUGUGCUUAAUGAUAUUCUCACAAAUAUCCAGAGAUGGCGUUGGAUCCAGUUGCUCAGAUGA